CUGUAGUUAUAUGGAUUUGGGGGUAUAGGAAAGACCACCCUCGCCACUGCGCUUAUUGCCGACUUAGAUCUUACAGAUUACAACUAUUCGGCAGUUCAACUCCAAGAAGACCAAUCCAGGAACGACAUCAAAUGUAUGCAGCAGCAAAUAUUGAAAGAUGCCUUCCCAGAAUAUACUUAUGACAGGAAUGUAACAUUGAGAAACAGUGCGGAGGGUCGGGAUCAUCUCUCCAGUGCUUUCCAAGCACAAAGAAAUAAGCCAGUAUUUCUGUUUAUCGACAAUGCCCUUCGCGCAGAGGACCUGCAAGAGCUUUUCCCAAAACGCUUAACAGGCCUUCCAAAGCGGAGCAGAAUAGUGAUCACAACUCGAAAUUUGGGUGUGACGGAUAUGGUCAGAGAAUCCGGCCUUGUGCGUCGUGAGCAUAGUGUGGGUACUCUACCCGACCAAGAGGCCAUCAAAAUUUUGCUCAGAGAUUCCAAUCACGAUAUUACCAAAGACGACACGCAAAAAACUCUGAAGAUUUGUGCUGGAAUUCCCUUAGUAUUAGAAAUUGUUGCUGCUCGUUUGCGUAAGCAGAACUACAAGGUAGACAGAUGUACGCAGAUAUUUGAAGCCUUGGAGAGUGGAAAAGAUGUCGUCGAAGAAAACCUGAGCCAACGUCUUGUCCAUUCUGUGUAUGGUGGGCUGGAAGCGUCUACACAAGAAGCAUUUUUAGAUAUUUGCUGCUUCUUUGUUAGCUGGAGUCGCCACGAUGUGGAGUGCAUUGUUGGAGCCGAGGAGGUCACACAUCUGGAAGAAGCGGCUUUGUUUAAGACGUCCGUCAAAGGCAAUGUGAUUGUCCAUGAUAUCAUCCGAGCAAAAGGGCUUAGUAUGUCUGAGUCCAACAGAUUUACAGAUAUGCAUUCCUGGUUCGAUGUUGUAAAUGAGAAUCAGGGCCUCGAUCAAAUCAAAGGAGUUUGGCUUAGCAGGGAGGAGACUGAAGCUGCGUAUGAAAUUGAUGAAAAUCACAUUCUUUCAAUGAAAAAAUCGUUAAGAGUUCUGGCUCUGGGGAACAAAAUAAAUGUAUCACGAUCAGGCCAAAAGACACCCAAAUUUAAAGAACUGAGAUUUCUCCGAUUAGAUGGCGACAUCUCUGGCCUAUGGCCAAUGAAUUUGGAAUCUCUUGAACGACUAGCUGUGUUCCAUGGCCCUGUCUUUAAGGAUGGUGUGACUCUGUAUCGGUUACCCAAGAAGCUACGGGUUAUGAAAGCCACUGCACAGUUUGCGGAAUCUGCAAAUUUGCAAGAGUCCAAGCCUGUCAAUGUCGCAAAAAAUUCUUCCUUGGAAGAAUUGGAUUUAAAAGAAUUGAAAAGUCUCCUGAAACUACCCGAAAAGCUAGAUCAUUUAACUGGCCUCAAGCAUUUGAUAUUAGAUGAAUGGGAUAAAGUGGAGGAGCUGUCUGAGCAGGUAUGUGAACUGUGCUCAUUAUGUAAAUUGAGCAUCUAUGGUGGCCUUUCUUUGAAGAAUCUGCCAAAGGAGUUUGGCAAAUUAAGUUGUUUAGAAGAGUUGAUCUUAACAAGUUGCAAGCAACUCGAAGAGUUGCCUUCAACUUUUGGAGAGCUGAGUUCUCUAAAACAUUUGAAUCUAGCAUUGUGUGUUAAGUUAAAAGAACUACCAUCAAACUUUGGGAAAUUAAGCUCUUUGCAGAUUUUAAAUUUAGAAAGCUGCUGGAAAUUGGAAGCCUUGCCUUCUAGCUUUGUGCAACUAUCUCAGUUAAAGAAGUUGAACCUGCGGUCAGAUAAUCUUAAAGAAUUGCCUUCUGGCUUUGGGAAACUUAGCUCUUUAGCAGAGCUGAGGUGUAACUGUCUGGAACUGAAGGAAUUGCCUGUUAGCUUUAGGCAGCUUAUUUCUUUAACACAGUUAGAUUUAAGUUGUUGCAUGAAUUUGAAAACAUUGCCCUCCAGCGUGGGAGAACUUAGGUCACUACGAGAUAUGAAUUUAUCAUCUUGCUAUAAGCUAGAGGAAUUGCCUUCCAACACUGGGGAACUUCCAUGUUUAACACUACUAGAUUUAAGACAAUGUCACAGUUUGAGAGAAUGUCCUAUUUCUGCUCUCAGACAAAGAAAUCAGGGGUUAACCAUUUGGCUUCCGGACCACCUAAAGGACAGGGAGUCCACGUCUUCGGAUCAGAGGUGACCUAAUGUUCUCUUUAUUUAUUCUCUGUACGGCUGAAAAAAAUUAGUAAAUGAUGUCGAAAUGUGUCUGUGGCAGAAAUAUCUCAGCUUGUAUAUUUAAAAUAUAUUUCUACAUUUAAUCAGUCAAGUGAUAUUGAUGUUUUUUCCUUGCAA